CGAAAUCCUCGAAAGCCAGUUUCGCUUCCCGAGCUCACGUGUUGCGAUCGUUGGCCACUGUUGCAGACUGUUGUGACAUCGGCCUACCAGCUCCCACCAGGCUGCCAGCGUUCUGAAGUGUCGCGGCAACAGCAGAAGCAACAGCAACACUGCGUAGAGCUAGAUAGUGGCCAGGGCUUAUACAGUAGGCGUGGGACAACCACUAUAGAAACCGGGGUCCCCAUCUCACGCGUGGGCUUUGUAAGGACCGUUUGCGCAGGGGGAGAAGACGUCCGCCCACGGUCCCAGGCCGCUUCUUAUUGUCAGCGGGCUCUGCCGUACGGUGGAUAUGCUGGCCGACGCCACUGUCGGGGUUCCUGUUCGCCCGGCAACGGCAGAAGAUAAUAUGGACGAUGACUGCCCAGAGCAAUUCCGUUCCUUUUUCCCAGAAACAGACGAGGUCAAACAGUCGUUGGCGCAACUGGUUGGCAUAUUGGAGCAGUUGAACAGGGACAUAGAGGCUUUAUCGACGCAGAGCGAUGACUGGAAACCACACAUACCGGAUAUCACCAAUGAGGAUCAGCUGAAGUUUAACAAAGUGCAACUGAUCUGUGGGAAGUACCAAGAGCAACCACACCUCCUUGAUCCGCAUCUUGAGGAUCUGGUGCAGCCUCUGAUGGAGAACCUCAGCGUCAUUUUGUCAUCUGUCCAUGAUUUUGAUUCGGCAAAACGCAAAGAUCUCGCGGUGCAAAUCAAACCGGUGCUAGCCCCGUUCUUGUCCUUCAUGUACUGUUUGACGAAAGUUCGCGGAUACAAAACUGUCGUCAAGCUCUUCUCGCACAAGGUCGUGGACUUGGAGCCGGUGGCAUUCUAUCUGGAGGUUAUGAUGGAGCACGAGGACGCCUCUUUUUGGGAAGGACGUUAUGUGCUUCUGUUGUGGUUAUCUUUGCUGAGCAUGGUCCCAUUUGAUCUGCGAACUAUCGACAGCGGUUCAGGAGGCGGAGGCUUACAACUUGUGGAACGGAUUCUGAACAUUGCGAAGCACUAUCUUUAUGCGGUGGGAAAGGAAUACGAAGGAGCAGCUCUCCUUAUGAUGAGGAUCAUCACGAGAAAGGACACCGCCCCGGAGCAUCUGACGAAGUUUGUUCUUUGGGCAACGGAACAGAUUCAAGGAAGUGAAAAUGUGUUCAAUUUUCGAGGCCUUCUCCUCGCUUUGUGUGCAAUCUUCGAGGGCGGAAGGAGAGAGCUCCUGCUACCCGCUGUGGACGCUGUGCUUCCCUGCUGUGCUCUUAUAGACGACCCGUUUGUUCAAAACAAUGCCCUCCUGCGAAAACUUCUCAUGAAACUCACUCAGCGUGUGGGCCUUGCCCUUAUGCGACCACGCACGGCAAAGUGGCGAUACGACAGGGGUAGUCGAUCUCUAGAGGUCAACCUCGCACAAAUUGGCUCGGAGAGUAAGAACGGCGUCGAAAGCUGUGACACACCUGACGAUGACGACGACGAUGAUUUUGUGCCCGAGUCGAUGGAGACGAUCGUUGGGAUUCUCCUGAAUGGCCUGCGUGAUAAGGAUACCAUCGUGCGAUGGUCAGCAGCCAAGGGAGUAGGCAGGAUCAUGGAGCGGCUUCCAAAAGAUCUUGGACAGGACAUUGCAGCUUCGGUGAUUGCGCUGCUCUCCGAAGAUAUUCUGCCUGGAUACGACGGCAGCACGUAUGAUCUCUCCCAAGUGUCGGACUCAACUUGGCAUGGGAGCUGCUUAGCGCUAGCCGAACUAUCGAGACGCGGCUUGCUGUUGCCAGACAAAUUGGAGGAAGUCGUUCCGUGGCUGUUGCUCGCUUUGAAGUUCGAUCUGCGACGCGGCACUCACUCGGUUGGAGCUCAUGUCCGAGACGCAGCAUGCUACGUGUGCUGGUCUUUUGCACGCGCGUACGCUCCAGGAGUCAUCAAGCCAUUCGUGCAUAAGCUGGCAGAGGCACUGGUCGUCGUUAGCUUGUGCGAUCGUGAGAUCAAUAUUCGGCGCGCCGCUUCCGCCGCCUUUCAAGAGAACGUUGGGAGACAGGGUUUGUUUCCCCACGGCAUCGCGAUCGUCACAGCUGCCGAUUAUUUCGCCGUAGGCAAUAGGUCAAAUGCUUUCUUACACCUAGCCGUCGAGAUUGCGAAGUUUCCCGAGUACUUCAAAUCCAUCAGUGCCCAUAUUGCAAACGUCAGUCUAAGGCAUUGGGACAAGCCCAUGCGGGAGUUGGCCGCAGAGGCGUUGGCUAGAUUGGUCCCUAUCAAUCCCCGGUACAUCCAAUCUGAGGUUUUGCCGAGUCUGGUUGCCCACAUUGCUUCGCCGGAAUUGGAUGUCCGCCAUGGGUCCUUGCUGGCUGUUGGACAGAUCUGCCUGGCUCAGUAUAAGUGCGUCCCUGUGGCCGAUGGGAGUCCUGGAUGGUGGAACACGGAAGGGUGCGAAGCUAUGACCAAGAGCAUCGCGGACUGUUUGUCUUCAUAUCCAUCGCAGUAUCUUGAUGGCUUCGGCAGUGAGCAAACUCGAAUGGGAUGCUGCCAGCUCAUUGGUUGCUUGGCAGAGGCUGAGUGGCCGCCAAUAGUGCAGAAGUCGCCGGCCCUGAUCGACUCCUGCUGGCGGAUUGUGACUGGCUCGCUAGAGCAGCGCGUACAACCCGGUCAACUAGCGGCCGCUCGCGCUGUCAGCGAACUGAAUCGCUGUGCAUCCAUGGACGUCGCUACUCUCGACGCCUACUUGGCGGGCAUCAGCCCGCUUGGCAACAAGUUCCGCCGGCAAGGUUAUUCUCUUGCGCUUGGUGAACUGACUGGCUUCGUUCUGCGCACUCACGUGGCACGGAUUGUGGAUGCCCUACUGGAAGCAUCGAAUAUUCAGCCAGAGAAAACACAUGAUGAUGCGGAAUCAAAGCGCAACGCUAUCCAAGCGCUAACUAGUAUCUGCGUGAAUCUUGGUUCGGAGCUACCGACCGUCAUCUCGCACGCAAAGUAUCAAGAGAUCCUGCGAGGUUUGAUCAAUGGAAUGCAUGACUACAGCACCGAUUCCCGCGGAGAUGUUGGGUCUUGGGUCCGCCAGGCAUGUAUCCUGGCGUUUCAGCAGAUGGUGCCUUUGGCGGUCCAGUACCCAACAGCAAUAUCAGACGGACGUGCCUACAUCUCACCAGAAAUGGGCCACCAAAUAAUGGGCGAAAUCUGCCAACAAAGCGUGGAGAAGAUUGAUCGCAUGCGGGAAUGUGCAGGGAAUGCUCUGCUGUACUUGUUGUGGAAGGUACCAUCCUUCGACUUUACGGGGCGGGACGAGUUGAGGAGUUACAUACCGGAGGAGACGACUGUGAGUUGGAGCACGGGAGCAGAAGUGUAUCCCAUUAUGACGAAUGCGUUGCGAGCCGCCACGUUUCGGGUGCGGAUUUUGAGUGGACUUGUGCUCAGCAUUGGCGGUCUGUCGGAGAGCCUGGUCCGCCAUUCCGGCAGCAGCUUCGUAUCGUUCGCAGCGUCUCUCUCUGAGCAAGCGAUCGAUACGUCAGGCACAGGCCCAGAAAUGACGAUCCCCGAUCUGUUCUCCGCCCUUUUGCAAGUGUUCAAGACCUACCAUCGGCAAGAUCGGGUCUCCAUCAGCAUCCUGGAAACAAUCGACCUACUCUUUGGAUGCGGUGCCUUCGCGCGAUACACCUCAGGUGAAGCAUAUUUCAAGGAACUGUUGGCACUCACAAAGAAAGAAGUGUUCAAGAGCCGAGAUGUGAAGAAGCUGCUGGCUGGUAUCAAAGUGCUCUGCGGUUUCGCGUCUCUGCGUGGAAUUGAGGGCCCGCUCAUGCCCGAAAUCAAAACAACCGCGCUGAGUCAGCUCAUCCUCUACCUGGUUCAUCCGUUCCCAAAGAUUCGAAGUGCGGUAGCUGAGCAGCUGUACCUUACCAUAUCGGCGGAGGAACCUGUGGACUUCGUCGAGGGCGAGGAGCUUCCCGACGAGAUGGAGGACACCGAGGAUGCGGAACGGGGUAGACGGGCUGACGCUGAGGAUAUUUUGCUGAGCACGGAUUGGUAAUGUGUUGUCUGAAAGAAGUUUUCACGCGACACCCGUACAAACAACUCUCUUGCAUCUUCUUAGGGAUCAACCGGUUGCGCAACUGAAGAGCGUUCGAGAGAAGCUGAAGGAGCUGUUGCUGCCGUCGGCCGCUCAAUAGACUUCAGGCAACAU